AUGAAUGCAAGGGAUUUACAUUGUAAUCAAACAAGUUCAUCAACAUUGUCGUUGGACUUGAGUUCUGUAUUUAUGUUAGUUGUUGGUUGGAGGUUCAUAACUCUUUGUUUUUUCGUACCCAUUUCUGACAUUUAUCCAGAAGGAAUAAAAUAUGAACUUAUGAAGCAAAAAGGAAAAGGCAGAGAAUCUUGUUGA